CCUGCAGGGGGCAUCGCAGCACGGCUCUAUGGUGCGGAGCAUUGGAGAGCAGGACGGGGAGAAAGAAAGGGAGAGGGAGGCCAAAGGAGAUGGAGCAGGGCCUGGGCCUGACGAGAUAAUGGAGGACCUGGGUCCAGAUGAGCCCGACCUUUCAACUCUCAGCCUUGCAGAGAAGAUGGCCCUGUUCAACCAGCUGUCCAAGCAGCCCUCAAAGCCUGCUGCAGAGGGGGCCGGGGCCUCCAGGGGCGACACCCGCCAGCGCAGAGCCAACAGCCGCUUCCAGACCCAGCCUAUUACCCAGGGAGAGGUGGAUCAGGUAUAG